AGCCCCGGAGCCGCAGGAGAUCAGCGCUGAUUUUUUUGCGGUGCUCAAGCACAAGACAUAGGGACCCAAACAUGAGUGCCAAAGUGACCGUGGAGGCUCCAUCCAAAGAAGCUGACUGCACCCCUGUGGACCCAUCGCCUUCGUCUGCCAGCGAGACCAUCCUCAUCUGCAGCGCCGACAGCAUCGCCAAGAAAGCCCGGCCGCAGCCCCACACCACCGCCACCUUCCUCCUGCCAGCUCCUGGUCAUCAGAAAGUGGAGGUGACUCCAGCCGUUGCAGUGGGAAACCCAGGUAAAGGCAGCAGACCCAAUGAGUUGGCUACGCCGGCUCUGACAGCGCAGGUGGGCGGGGCUUGUAGCAUCGUCCACGUCCUCGAGUGGAAGGAAGGGAUGGCCAUCCUGCCCAGUAGCAACCUCAAGUUUUGUGUGAGUGACGUAGGAACUCUGAGCACACUGAUAACCCCAGGGACCAAAAGUGGCACUACUGACCCAGCAGCAGGGACUUCUGGGAAAUCAGCUGAUCCAGAAAGUGCUCCAAACAAGCCGGAAGUGUUGGCUCCUGUCGGGUCCCUGAGGGCUGCAGCUGUGGAGCCAGAGAAGUUGAUCCAAGUCAAACCGGAAGUCCAGGUCGUACUGGAGCAUCAGAACCAUGAUCCCAGAACUCAGAGGAGCUACGCUGAAGAACUACGCAGGGACCCCCUUUCUGAGAAGAGGAACAUCAGUGUGGAGAAGGUACCGGCAGGCGGGAGGGUCUCCGUCCUUAAUCCAGACCACUUGAAACCCAUGAGGAAGAGGAAAAGGAAGGAGUAUCUGAGUCCGUCUGAGGAAGACUCUGAUCUGGAAGGCCCGGGGGAGAAAAUGGAUUAUUCUAAAGUGGACAUGCGACACAUCAGAGGUGGGGACAGUAAGACAGAGCUGUGGACGUGGGCUCAGUAUUUGGAGGAAACCAAAGCUGUUGCUGCUCCUGAAAAGCUUUUCCAGGAGGCGCAGAGAGUGCCCACGGUGAAGAACGGUUUUAAGCAGGGGAUGAAGCUGGAAGGCAUCGACCCGCAGCACCCGUCCAUGUACUUCGUCCUCACCGUGGCCGAGGUGUGUGGUUAUCGGCUGCGGCUGCAUUUCGACGGCUACUCUGACUGUCACGAUUUCUGGGUGAAUGCCAACUCCACCGACAUCCACGCUGCAGGCUGGUGUGAGAACACAGGACACAAACUGCACACGCCCAAAGGCUGUAAAGAGGAGGAGUUUACUUGGACCAACUAUCUGAGAAUGACUAAAGCUCAGGUUGCUCCCAAAGAGCUUUUUGCCAGUCCUGGAAGGCUUGAUGUGAAGUGUGGCUUUGAGAUAGGAAUGAAGCUGGAGGCGGUCGACCGCAUGAAUCCCUCCCUCAUCUGUGUAGCAACCGUCACUGAUGUGGUGGACGAUCAUUUCCUGGUUCACUUCGACAACUGGGACGAUACGUACGACUACUGGUGUGAUGCCAGCAGCCCAUACAUCCAUCCUGUGGGUUGGUGCCAGGAGAAGAACCUGCCUUUAACACCACCCCAAGAUUAUCCAGAUCCGGGCCGGUUUUCCUGGUCCCGGUAUCUGGAGGAGACCGGUUCUAAGGCUGUGGCUGCAGAUGCCUUCAAAGUGAGACCAGCUCACAGUUUUCAGCCUCGGAUGAAACUAGAGGCUGUGGACAAAAGAAGUCCUGGUCUGAUCAGAGUCGCCACGGUGGAGGAAGUCGACACGCAUCGCAUCAAGGUCCACUACGAUGGUUGGAGUCACGUCUACGAUGAGUGGAUGGACUCGGAUCACCCCGACAUACAUCCAGCAGGCUGGUGUGAGGCGACCGGUCAUCCACUAAAAGUUCCUCCUCGGGACACCAAAACACAACCACAUGGUGUGAGAGAGGCUCCCACAGCGGGUCAGCUCACUUACCCCUCCACUGUUCCCUGUAAACCCAUCAGCCACCCCAGAGCCAACAAGUACAGCUUCCACAACAGGAAGUGUCCGACUCCAGGUUGUGACGGUUCAGGUCAUGUGACCGGCCGUUUCACUGCCCAUCACUGCAUAUCGGGCUGCCCGCUGGCAGAGCGGAACCAGGGCAGGCUGAAGGCCGAGCUGUCCGACUCGGAGUGCAAGAGGAGCUUCUUCUUCGGCCAGAGGACAAAGAAGGCUCAUUACCGUGGCAGGAUUGGUCGUCCUCCUAAGUACAGAAAGACCCAGCAGAGGGACUACCAAAACUUGUCCUCAGAGGGCGUGUACCCAUCUCUGUUCAUGUCAGCUUUAAGCGGUCAGUCGGACCGGACCCUGUCUCUCUGCUGGGAGCAGCACUGUAAGCUGCUGCCCGGCGUUCAGGGCAUUCACGCCAGCCAGGUGGCAACGUGGAGCGUCGAAGAGGUCUUCCUGUUUGUCCAGAACCUGAUCGGAUGCGAAGAACAGGCUCGUCUCUUCAAAGAAGAGAUGAUUGACGGGGAAGCUUUGCUGCUGCUUACUCAGACUGACAUUGUGAAGAUCAUGAGCAUCAAACUAGGCCCCGCCCUCAAGAUCUCCAACGCCAUUCUCAUGUUCAAGACGACAGACGAGGGACUGAAGUGAUCCCGCCUCUGCUCGCUGGGACAAAGUGUGUGUGUGGGGUGGGGUGGGGGGUGGGAGGGGGGUCGGUCUGCUGAUCAUCUUGUGCCAAAUUCAUUUUGUUGCAGGGUAAAAACCCUGAGUAUAUUUUUUUUCAUGUGUUUGGUGUCCUGUGCCCAUCAGAGAGAGGGAGAGGAGGCCAAAUCAGGGAGGAAUAAGCUGUGAAGUAGAUAUAUAUAUAUAUAUUUUUAGGAAUAAUUGAAAAAUGUGCUACUGAAACACUGGGGGAAGGACGGUGGUUUACACGACAGUUUAGUUUGGUUAUUACAAAACUUUAAAAGAUCAAGAUCAGCAUCUGGAUAAAACUUGAAGCAUCUCCAGAAACACGAUUUCAAAUCAAACAUAAAAAAUUGAAAUAAACGAGAAAAGAUAGUUAAAAAUGUUGUCUACGUAAGCACUUUUAACUGUUUUUGGUAGAAAAUUUGUUAAAAUCACAUCUUUCCUGAUGUUGCCUUGUCCUAAAUGGAGAAGUUUAAUGAAAGCCACAGAUUUGCACAAUGUUAGAGACUGAAUCCAGCGUUACAGAUGGAGAAAACAAACAAACAAGUUAUUUAAUGCAGUCAUGUGAAUCUAGGAGAUUACAGUUAUAGGUAUCUUUGAAGGAAUGCAUAUCGCCCGCCGUCUCUCCAUCCAGAUAUUUAGAGCAAGAUCGUCUUAUUGUGAGAAAUGACAGUUGUUUUUGUCCGUAAUGUAAUUUGCGAUCUUAGCUACCACCACAACAAAUUUUGUGUUAUGGCCAUUUUGAUGCUUUUAAAUGUUUUUAGGUCAGUUGGCUGUGGCAGCCAUCUUGGAUCCAGUUGACUCUAAAAGUUAAUCUUUCAUGCACACAUCCAGUGAUUAUUUCCUGCAAUAUUCAUUCAAGUUUAUUAAUUGGUUCACAAGAUAUUUUGCUAACAGAGAGACACGAGCAAAAACAUCAUCUUUCGGCGGUGGGCGAUAAUAAAAGAAGAGAGAUGUGAGGUGUGGACACUUGUGGGGAAAAUGUAAGGAAUGUUUAACAGGAGGAGUUAAUUGCAGUCAGAGAGGCUCUUAUGAGCUUCAAAUAUGUGCAAUAAAGACGUGAGGGAAGUAAUCAGUACAGCCCCUGACUGUUGCACUGUAACAGUAUAACAUGGAAAAAGAUAAAGUUGCUUUAUUCAGACUGGUGCAGGUUUCUUGCAAAGACAACCUGAAUUAUUAGUGAUAUUAUUGAUUAGGUGUAUUAGUUGUUUGUAAUAAAGGUUCUUAUUACGGAGGAGUCGUAACGUUUAAAACGUUACGCUGCUUUCAAAUGCGAGUCAGACCGAUAAAAAAACAGGGUCUGCGUUUUUAAACUCUACAAAGAAAAAAAAACAUAUUAAGAUUUAUUUUUUUUGGAAACACUUAAUGGAUGAAAGCAACUCUGCUUGGCAUCUUAGCACAAAUGUGAAACCUAAAUUCAUUUUACAAAAUUAUAUUACCACGAGAGGUCACCAGAGAGUGCAAAAAUCCACAUUUUUAGCUCUAUAAAUGUGUGUUUGUUAUAAAAAAGCAGAGCUGGUCACAGUUUGUGUGUGACAGACGCUCCGUUCAGAGUGUGUUCAUGUUUACAUUUUAUGUCAGAAGUGGUUCAAACACAGUUGAUAUUGUGUGAUAAGAGAUUUAUGUUUUAAGGGCUCUUGGAAUAUUUUAUUUUUGUCUCUGGUGGGGUGUAUGGAAAUACUGUGGAGUCAUAAAGGCCAUUAAAUCCAUAUGAAUCAAAUCAGA